AUGGAGUUAGCUGCCUCGGAGUCAGCAUUAGGAACGAUAGUCAGUCAAGGGACGACGGAAUGGACGAUAGACAAACGAUCCUUACCUGCUGGUAUCUAUCAAGUCAAAUUCAAUGCUACACUCGCAGUUGGAGAUCCAGCAUCCCCAAAAAUUCUCAACGCCUUUGAUUAUGGCUUCAUCGAGGUUAUUGCGGCUCCCUUGCGAGCCAUUCUUGAUGGGGGAAGCAAUGUAAGGUGGGGGUCCAAGCAAAACGUCACUGUGAAUGGCUCUUUAAGUUACGACGCAGACAUUGGCCCUGGAAUACAUACCGGGCUCAAUUUCAGUUGGUCCUGUCGGAGUAACACUUCUGUAAGCAACACUUGCUUCGAUUCUUUUCUAAACGAAGGAGACUUAAACCGUACAAUCAUAACUGUUGAUCCAAGUAAACUUGAAAUCGACAGGACCUUCUUCCUAAAGCUGAAUGUGACUAAGGAUGUGAGAAGUUCCUCUGCUGAAAUGUCCUUUACAAUAGCCGCUGGAGAGGUUCCUCAGGUGACCCUUAGGUAA